AUGGCGACACAGUGGAAGAUAGAGAAGGUUCUUGGCAGUGGAACGUACGGUAUUGUGUACCUUGCAACCUUCCCUACCCUUCCACCCAUCGCCAUUAAAUCAUCGGUUUUCUCAAAAUCGGCCUCGCUGCAACGAGAAAAAAUCAUUCUACAGAUUCUGAAAGGUUGUCCGGAGAUCAUUCGUUGUUUUGGAUUCGAGGAGAUGAUUGCAAAAGAUGAAAAAUAUUACAAUCUUUUCCUGGAAUAUGCACCGGGAGGCACCUUGGAAGACCUGAUCAAGAAACGCGGCGGCAAGUUGUCAGAACCAGAAGUUAGGGUUUACAGCCGAAUGAUCCUUAAAGGACUGCAUUACAUUCAUGAGAAAGGGUUUGUUCACUGUGAUAUCAAGCCCGCUAAUAUCCUUGUGUUUCCUACAUCAUCAGUACCAUGUCGAUGUGGGGUCGAAAAUAAUCGAGUUAAGAUAGCUGAUUUUGGACUGGCGAAGAGGGCUGGAAAGGGUGAUAUAUAUGUGAGUGGUGGGCUUGAUGAUUAUCGAGGGACACCUCUCUACACAUCGCCGGAGUCAGUUGCAUUAGGCUUGAAUGAAGCACCAAUGGACAUUUGGUCUCUCGGCUGCGUUAUGGUGGAGAUGCUCACCGGAAAGCCGGUAUGGAGUAAUAUUGAUGGAGAUUUGAAUGAUCUGCUCUUUGAGAUUGGUUUCGGAGGAGAAGAAGAGCCGGAGAUACCAGAGGGAUUUUCUGCCAACGCCACCGACUUCUUGAUAAGGUGUCUAGUGAGGGAGCCAAGUGAGAGAUGGACUGCAAAGAUGCUCUUAAAUCAUCCAUUUAUGGUUGAACACCAGCCACUGCCAUCAUCUUUGAAAAAAGCUUCUAAACUUGUUCAACUCCAUCCCUUCAACAACCGGCACGACGCAGAGUUGAUCAGUUCUCUUUUAAUCAAUCAACAGCUAAAGGGUGUUCAUGCAGUUGCCCCAAGCUAG